AUGGAACACAUCCCCAUUCCUGCGGGUGGUGUGUCCCUCGAUGCAAUUUAUAUACCCUUGCGAUGCGAUCAGAGGUACACAUACGAUGAUCAAGGUUUCCUCUCUUACCCAGAACGAGUUCAGAUCGACCCCACUCAGCUGCAAGAGGACAAUCACCCGCAUUUGAAGCUCUGUGAUGCAUCCCCAUUCGUCCAGGCCUGGCUUUGGUUUGGGCUUCUCGGUGAAAUUCUACACAUCGGUUCUCGAACUACAACUGCACCCAAGUUCAUAAGCUCCGCGGAAUUUGUCCAAAUGCGUGAUGGUCAGCCCUUUCUUUCGACUUCGUCUCUCUACAGAGCGAUCUAUGAAAAAUCUAAGAGAGGUAGCUCUAUGUUGUAUAAUGAAUGGUAUCAACACCGGGUUGAAAGUUGUCUUCGCACUGCCACUGACUUCGCCCGAAGCGCCCUUACGACGCCAUAUUUUCAGGGUCUUCUGGGGAAGAAUCCAGCCAUGGAAGGUUUGCCAGACAUAUUUUUCACCCUUCUGGCUGUCCAAACUCUCUGCCAAGCAAUUGAAGCAUCAAAGCCUAUUUUAUUUCUGCAAUGCUCUAAAUUUACAUCCCAUGGAAAUGGGCGAUCCUCACCUCUAGCAGACUACCUGCUUUUGAAAUCUGGCUGGGACCCGCAAGAGAUUCUUGAAUUGCCACGGGAUGUUUGCACUCGCUACUAUCUCAGUUUCUAUUGCCAAAAGGGCUCUCUUAGGCCAUCAGUCCCAGAGGAUUUCCUCACGCCACUUCAUACCGAACACUGUUGUGGCUGUAAACUGCAACAAUCUCAGGUUUCUCAGCGCAGUCUGCCGCUCGAUCCGACAAAAAUUCCCCUCUUCACAUUCCAAAAGACAGGAUGCAACAGGGGCAGGUUAGAUAUGGUCUUGUAUUCUUUCGAGGCGGUGAAGAGUACAUCCUACAUCGCCAUUAGCCACCCCCGGCAAUCUGGUCUGGGCAAUGAUAUGGGAAACAGUCUACCAUUUUGUCAGAUAUCCCGCAUACAGGCCCUGGCAAACCAACUAGUUCUAUCAUCCCCUUCCGACGUCCCAUUUUGGAUCGACACAUUGAGUCUUCCGCUUGAUCGAGUCGCUAGAAGAAGCGCAUUACGUAUUGCCAAAGCUAUAUUUAAACACGCAACGUCUGUUCUGGUUUUGGAUCCGUCCAUCUCGCUUUAUCCUAUCUCUUCUGCUGAAGAGGGGCUUGUGCGCAUUACCUUUGCGAGUUGGAAGAAAAGACUCUGGACAAUUCAAGAAGGAGCAUUGUCUCAAUCUCUUCAAUUCUCCUUUUCAAAUCGCAUUGUGAGCCUGGUCGACCUGUUCGACGAAUAUUCCUCGUGCCCACAAGACCCGAUGACAUAUAACAUCCUAGCGAACCCCUCACACCUGCGCUGGGAAGAAUGGCAGGACAGAGCAGAGAUUAUAGACAAAUUUUCGGAUGACGUCAGUACAUGGGUGGAUGUCCUCAGCUAUUCGAGCAGCCACGAUGGUAAUUCAGGGCCAUUGAGAAAGCAAGACAAAGAGCAUUUUUACCGAGCGCUUCGUCUUGGAUACCUGUCUGCCAGCAAACUUGAAUACUUUGCAAACGAAGAUGAGCGCAAGUUCUUUCCACUUGUGUAUCAAUACCUCUAUCAGGUAUAUGGCUCAUUUGAUCUGGAUUCGAACAUCUCGAAUGUUACCGACAAAUCAUUUGAAGCGGUUUCUGCGCGGCUUGAGAAGGCGGAGCGGGCAGAGGAGCCAUUUGAUAAGAUGAGCAUAGCGCUGGAUGAUGUGGAGAUCACGCUCGAUAAGGUUGGCGUGACGCUUGAUGAAGCCGCUGUGGGGGUGGCGACCGAAGAUGCGCUGGAUAAGGCAGAGGCGAAAGUGGCGCUCGAGCAGCUGAAGGUAGAGAUUCAGGUUGAUUAG